AUGGCUGACCUUCCGUUAAGAGAAGACCGUAUUCGCGUACCGUUACCAGGAGGUAAAGGCAAGUGGUCAGAAUGGAAGAAGGCAAUGGUGCCUUACAAAACAGUUGACAAAACUGGCACUGAGCUGACUGAGGAACGCGGGCCAAACCAAGAUGGCUACAUGUGGUCAAAUAUCGACGAUAAAUUAUGCAAAGUAGGAAGACUCUGUGGAAUCUAUGAGUUUCAGGCCAAAGGAAAUCCUGAAGAAGGUCAACUGGAGGGCCGUCGAUAAAAUCCGGAACAUGGAACAUUCCGGAACAUGCCGGAACAUUCCGGAACAUCCCGGAACAUCCCGGAACAUCCCGGACAUGCAAAAAUAAAAAUAGUUUUCAUGAAAAAAAUAUAAUAAAAUAAUAAUAAUAAAAUAAUUUUUGUAAAAAUUAAUAAUAACGUAAGAAAAUAACAAAAAAAACCGAAAAAUAAUGAAAUAAUUAAGAAAAAGAAACUGGUAUCCUCUCUGAGUAUGAGAAAACAAUAUUUUGUCGCAACCGAUUAAAAUUUGUUGGGCGAGUGAGGGUUCAUGCAAAUGACAGUAAUGAGUGAAGGCUUGCUUCUAAAUUCAAAAUAUAUUAAAAUGGGUCGCGAAGAGGGGUUUUUUUAAGCUUUCGUCACAGAGCUACCUCUUGUAAUUGUUUGCCAUGAGUUAAUCAUUUGGCGGUUAUCCAUUUACGGCUCUGCGAUGGUCUAAAAUGUCGGUGCAGUAUUUCAUGUCAAGCCCAGUCGGUAAGUAGCGCAUUUCUUAAGCUCAUUUCAAGCCAACAUAUAUAGUCUCCUUACAUAUAACCGACAUUUGCUUACUUGAGGUGCUUUGCUUCACUUGAGGUUGACAUGAAUUACUUACAGACUACACUGAGACUAGGCGGCUCUGGGAACUUAAGAAGAGUAUAGGGGCUCCUGUCUUUGGAUUUUAGUGGACAAUACUCACAUUCGUAGUAGUUUCUAUACUGUUUACAGUCAGCAUGAUAUUUCAGACGUCUCCUCGAGUCGCAAGAGGAGUUUGCGGGGAGACGGCUAAAAUUCAGGCUAACUGAUAACAGUUAGAAACUACCGCUGCGCUACCACUGCCACUGCAACUAUUCGCGGCGAAUGUGAAUCUUUAAUUUAAUUAUUCAAGUCCAAAGCGACGAGCCCCUAAGCUCUUCUUACGGUCGCAAAGCCGUAAAUGAAUAACCGUUAAACCGCACGGCAAACAUUUCCAUGGACCCUCGCCCCACAAAUUAUUUGCGACAAAAUAUUGUUUUCUCAUACCCGGAGAUGAUACGAGUUUCUUUUUCUUUAUUUCUUCGUCUUUCGGUUUUUUGUUAUUUUACGUUAUUAUUAAUUUUUAUAAAAAAUGUUUUAUUAUUAUUAUUAUUAUUAUUUAUUUAUUUUCAUGAAAAUGUUUUUUUUUUUUCAUGUUCCGGGAUGUUCCGGAAUGUUCCGGAAUGUUCCGGCAUGUUCCGGAAUGUUCCAUGUUCCGGAUUUUAUCGACGGCCCAACUGGAGAGUGCAGUGGUUUAUGUUGGAAGCACUUGUCCGCGUAAAAAAGAUGACGGAGUAUGCCUUAGAUUGAAAAGCAGGAUCAUCGGCUACUGCAAAUACGGAAACCAUAAAGACAUUCUAAUAAACGACGCAUUGAGCAGAGGAUAUGAGCUGUGGGUCCGUUAUAAGGAAGCUGGAAGUGUAAAAGAAGCUCAAGAGUGGGAGAAUGACCUGCUAGGCAAAUAUGAUUACGCGUGGAACCAAAGGUGUAAUGGUGGAAAACAUGGUAUACGAGAUAUACUGUGA